AUUUAAGCAUAUUUAGUGCUUUGAAUGUCUUAAAUAAGCGAUAUUAAUUUAGAAGAAAUACUGUAGCCAUAAAGUAUAAAUGAACAAUAAUUGUAAAAUGAGAAAUAAAACACAAUUGUAGAUAAAUAAAAUGAGGUUGACCAUGAACCUGAUUAAUGUGAUCAUAUAGCGAUUUAAAUGCAAAACUAGGAUUAGGAUGAGGAAAAAAUAAAAUAAGAUUAGACUUAUCAAGAAGAUAUAAAGGAAAGUUAAUUUGAGCAUAAUAAUAAUAUUGAUUCAACAAGUAAUAAAGACUUAAAAAUGGUUGCUGUAUUAGACAACUAGUAUACAAAGAGAUAAGAUUCACAAGAAGCAAUUGAUAACAAAGAUGUUAAAAUUGAGAUAAUCAAUCAAGCAAAUAAUAAUAGUCCAAAGGGAUAAGAUUAAGAAAUGAAAGUAGAACUAAUUUAUUUUGAAGAGAAUGAAGAUAAUAAUAACAAUGCAAAUGGUAAAAUAAAUUAUUAUGAAGAAUAAUAAUAAUAAUAAUAAAGUGAAAUUUCGAGGAAAUCUUCAGUUAAUAUGUAGAUUUAAGAAGUUAGUAUUGAAUAAAAAGAUGAAGAUAUUAAAUGUCCAAUUUGUAAUUCAAGUUUUGAGGAAAUUGUUAGGCUAUUAUAAUGUGAACAUUAAUUUUGUAAGUAAUUAAGUAAUUUAAUUUUAUAAGGAGUUGUUACAAGGAAUAUUUAGAAGAUAAAAUUAAGAUUGCAAAAAUAAAUAAUAUACCAUGUCUACAAGCUGGAUGCACAAAUACAUUUACUGAAGAAAUUAUAAAGGAUAAUGUUAGUGAUUAAAAAUUCAAAUAAUAUUUGGUUUUUAAGAGAAAACUUGAAAUAGAAAAUGAUCCAAAUAAAAAAUGGUGUCCAGGAAAAAAUUGUGAUCUUUUUAUUGAAAAAGAUCCUAAAAUAAAUUUAAUAUAAUGUUAAUGUGGUUUAUUAGUAUGUUUUAAUUGUGGUCAAAUUGCCCAUUAAGGAAUGUUAUGUGAGGUUGUUUUUAUUUAUUAUGAUAUUAGGAUGCAAUUUAAGGUGAUUUUAAAUAAGCUCUUGUAAAAUACUUAAUAAAAUAUUGUCCAAAAUGUAAAUCACAUAUUUAAAAAAAUGCUGGGUGUAAUCAUAUGACCUGUAUUUAAUGUUAAUUUUAAUUUUGUUGGGUUUGCUUAUAAUAAUAUCAUGAAUAUCAUUACAGAUAUUGGUCGAUAAAGGGAUGUGCAAGUAAUUAAUAAGAUUUUAUAGAAGUUUGGUCUAAUGGUCGUUUUAAAACAUCAAAGGUAAUUGAAAAUCCUGAUUAAAUGAGAAAGAUUUACUUUGUUCCUCGUCUAUUUCUGUAUUUUCUUAGAGGUCCUCUUUUAAUUGUUAAAUUAACUUUAAAAGCAGCAGGCAAAUCAAUUGUUAAACCUUUAGUAGGAUUAAAUAAAAAAAUAUGCAGAUUAAAUAAGCCCAAAUUUUGGUAUUUGUUGUUAGUUAACUAAUAGUUUAUUGAAAUGCAUUUAUUUUUUAUUAGCAGAAUUAUUGAUAUUGUUAAUAGUAAUACUAGUCUUUCCUUUUUACUUUGUAUUCUAUCGACUAGGAAAAGAAAUGUAAUGGCUUUCAAUUAAAGGGUGUGCUUAUUGA